CUGUCUUUCCCGGCCGACAGGGCUGGACGGCUCUGGGCAGAUUCCCGCGGGCGUUCGACGCAAUUCGGCCUCUGAGAGAGAGCCUAGUGCCGCGGGCUUCGCCCUUUCCCGAGGCCGGCGGAAGCCGAGUCAACCCGACACCGAGCCGAGCCGAGCCGAAUGUCCCCGAGCCCGAAUGCUCCCGAACCUCGGCUCUCCGCCUCCUCCCUUCCGAAAGUGCCCGAGCGCUCCCGGACAGACUAAUCGGGCCUCGGCCGUGGCUCGGACGUCCGCUCCGAAACGCGGCACGGUCGGGCCCCUUCGUCAGGAGACGCGAAAAUGGCCGAAGGAGCGCGAGCGGCGCAGUCUCAGAGGCUGCCGGGAUCGCGACGGACCGGCGGGCGGGGCGGCUAAGAUGGCGGCCGCGCGGCGAGGGAGAGGCUCCUCCACCAUGCUCUCUUCAGUUCCCCUUCAAAUGCUGUUUUACAUCAGUGGAACGUACUACACCCUGUAUUUCCUUGCCACGCUCCUGAUAAUCACGUAUAAAAGUCAGGUGUUCAGCUAUCCUCACCGCUGCCUGGUGCUCGAUCUCGCUCUGCUGCUUCUCAUGGGGAUUCUGGAAGCUGUUCGGUUGUAUCUGGGCACCAGGGGCAACCUGACGGAGGCUGAAAAGCCGCUGGCCGCCAGCCUGGCCCUCACGGCUGGCACCGCCCUCCUCUCUGCCCACUUCCUGCUGUGGCAGACCCUGGUGCUGUGGGUGGACUGGGCCCUCAGCGCCACACUCCUGGCGCUCCACAGCCUGGAGGCCGUGCUGCAGGUGGUCGCCGUCGCCACCUUCACCAGGUAGCUGCGGGCACCCAGGGCACCCCACACUGGGGCCCCCUCCUGGCCGGCCAGACCCACUGUCAUCUCCCAUUUCCUGGACCAGAAGGGCACUUUUCCUAGUGAUUGGCCGUAGAUGGUUCUGGAUGGUUCCAUCUGUCUUGGCAGGGGUGGGAGGAGGAGCCAAGGCAGAGAAAAUGCUGGUGUUGGGGACAAUGGCAGGGACCACACGGAACUGCCCUCGAGGUGAGGCCCACUGUGUGCUCAGCCCGGUCACAGUGUGUGCUCAGCCCGGUCAGGAUCUGGCUUCAGCAGCCAGGCCUGCAUGGACCCCACAAGCCCCCAGGGCCGAGAGGGAGGACAGAGCCCCUCAGAACAGAGGCCUAAUCUCAGCAUUCCCCAUCACCCCUCCUUCCCCGACGGUCCUACUGUGUGUUCUGGGAGCCCCGUUUACUCCGUGGCCAGGCCCCAGCCGGGUUUCCAAGUCGGGAAGGAAAAGCAGGAUGGCGUGGGCCUCGUGCUCGGAGCGCCCCCAGCUCUGGCUGGUGGGCAGGCAGGUGCGGGUGCAGUCGUGCACUCUGGGUUCCCAAAGCAAUAAAUGCAAACAAGCCAGCAGCUCUGGUGUCGGGAUCUCCACCUCAGCCACGCUCCUCCCUUCCUUCGGGGCUUCUGAGGAGAGGUUGGGCUGAGGCCGGGAUGGGACGGGGGAGAGAGAGCAGCUGCCGGCCCGUGUUCUGAGCCUCCGUCCACGAAAAUUUUAGCAACUUUUGCCUUUUGCACUGAGUCCUAAACAAAUUCUGUCUGUGAUUUUUUUUCCCAUUCCCAGAUUUACUGUAAGUUCCCCUUACAAAGUAUCUAAACUGUUAACUCCUAGUCGUUUUUCUUCA